CUACAUUCACUUCGAUAUUUCUCGCAUUCCCAGGAAUUAUUUGCCGUCACAAACAAAUAUUCACCUUUGCACGACUUAUUCAUCCAUUUGCUCUAUUGCAAUUAGGAUUUAAUCGCUGAGCCCGCUUCAGUUUCUUCCACAGAAACAUCAUCGCUUUUACACGGAAAAAUCGCCCGCAAUGGCUUUCAACAAUCGAACGACACUGAUCACCUCUGGGGAACUUCUUACCGGCUACAUGUUUCUCGACUCUGAGAUACUAUGGGAAGCAUUGCAGGCCAGCGGUUCUAAUACGGCACACAUGUACCCUGAAGGAAACAAACGGCUUGCUAUGAUAGGCGAUGCGGCGCUUAAACUCGCGAUCCUCGACGGGCUCCGGUCUCGAAAUUUGCCUAGAGGUUCCAUGGACAGUAUUGUCCAGAGGAUUGUUAACAACAUAAACCUUGAGAGGGUCGGACGGCGAAUCCAUCUCGAGGACCUCGUGAACAGGAACCCGUCCCAGCAAGGCGAUGUACCUCCACGCACCGUGUCAGAUACGCUUGAGGCAAUUCUAGGUGCCGUCCAUCUCGAUUCUGGCAGUGACCUUGGGGCUGUGCGGCUGGUGAUGGCGAACCUCGGACUGUGGCCGGAGGAGUCGCAGCCGUCGGCGUCCUUGUAAUUGCGAUACUAGGACAGGUUGUGGAUUAUUGCUUAUUUGAGUUGGUGUAUUCUGCGAUGAUUUUUGGGCGGAGACUUCCUCUGAAAAUUUAACUUGGCAAUCAGUCUCGACAUUAUUGUGGAUGUUGACUGGCAAGAUGAAAUUUUCCGAGAGAGG